UCCCGUCCCGUCCUGCUGCGGGAGGAAACUCUGAGCUGGACCAGCGCCACUAACAGACCUGGAUGAGGGAAAAAACUACACGCAUCGCUCGUACCUGCACGUAAACUAGACUGUCUGAAGGAUAAAAGUCUUGUGUGGCUUUACUGACUGGAGGUAAACCAUGGAGGACGGGAAGCCAGUGUGGGCUCCCCACCCCACUGACGGGUUCCAGCUGGGAAUGAUCAUUGACAUAGGAGCCGACACACUCACCGUAGAACCGCUGAACCAGAGGGGCAAGACUUUUCUUGCUCCAAUGAACCAAGUGUUCCCAGCAGAGGAUGAUGUCAACAAACUUGUGGAUGACAACUGUUCCCUAAUGUACUUGAAUGAAGCCACUCUUCUCAACAACGUCAGAGUGCGGUACAAUAAAGACCACAUCUAUACUUUUGUGGCCAACAUUCUCAUAGCUGUUAAUCCGUACUAUGAUGUUCCAAAACUUUAUGGUCCUGAUGCCAUCAAAUUGUACAGAGGAAAGUCCCUGGGUACUCUUCCUCCCCAUGUCUAUGCUAUAGCGGAUAAAGCCUACAGGGACAUGAAAGUUUUAAAGAUGAGCCAGUCCAUCAUCGUUUCUGGUGAAUCUGGGGCUGGAAAGACUGAAAACACCAAGUUUGUUCUCAGAUACCUUACAACGACAUAUGGCAGCGGUCAAGAUAUUGAUGAGAGAAUUGUGGAAGCAAAUCCUCUUCUUGAAGCAUUUGGAAAUGCAAAAACAGUCCGGAAUAAUAACAGCAGCCGCUUUGGGAAGUUUGUAGAAAUCCACUUCAAUGAUAAAAACGCAGUUGUGGGUGGAUUUGUCUCUCAUUACCUGCUGGAGAAGUCAAGGAUUUGCAUGCAAAGUAACGAUGAGAGGAACUACCACAUCUUCUACAGGCUGUGCGCUGGGGCAUCUGAGGAACUGAAGAAGACGUUGCACCUGGACUCUCCGGACAGCUUCAGGUACCUGAACCGAGGAUGCACCAGAUACUUCGCCAGUAAAGACUCUGAAAGACAAAUAAUGCAGAGCAGGAAGAGUACUGAGCAUCUAAAUAUGGGUUCUCUGAAGGACCCUCUCCUUGACGAUCAGGGGGACUUCAACAGGAUGUGUGUGGCCAUGAAGAGGAUCGGUCUGAAUGACACGGAGAAGCUGGACCUGUUCAGGGUUGUCGCCGGCGUUCUCCACUUGGGCAACAUUGACUUUGAAGAAACGGGGAGCUCCUCAGGUGGUUGCAUCCUAAAGAACCAGUCAGGCCAGACUCUGGAGUACUGCGCUGACUUGUUGGGCCUUGACAAGGACGACCUGCGUGUCAGCCUCACGACCAGAGUCAUGCUCACGACAGCGGGGGGCGCCAAAGGCACAGUUAUCAAGGUGCCUCUAAAGGUGGAACAAGCAAACAAUGCCCGCGAUGCCUUGGCAAAGGCCGUGUACAGCCGCCUCUUCGAUCACGUGGUCCAGCGGGUAAACCAGUGUUUCCCGUUCCAGACCUCCUCCAACUUCAUCGGCGUCUUGGACAUUGCAGGCUUUGAAUAUUUUGAGCACAACAGCUUUGAGCAGUUCUGCAUCAAUUACUGCAACGAGAAACUGCAGCAGUUCUUCAACGAGCGCAUUCUCAAGGAGGAGCAAGAGCUCUAUCAAAAGGAAGGUUUAGGAGUGAAUGAGGUGCAUUACGUUGACAACCAGGACUGCAUCGAUCUGGUAGAGGCUAAGCUGGUGGGAAUCCUGGACAUUUUGGAUGAAGAGAAUCGUCUUCCUCAGCCCAGUGACCAACACUUUGCUUUGGCUAUUCACAGCAAGCAUAAAGACCACUUCAGACUCACGGUUCCUAGGAAGUCAAAGUUGACCAUUCACAGGAAUCUCCGGGAUGACGAGGGCUUUAUAAUAAGGCACUUUGCAGGAGCCGUCUGCUACGAAACUAUGCGGUUCGUGGAGAAGAAUAAUGACGCCCUCCACAUGUCCUUGGAGAGUUUGGUGUGUGAAUCCAAGGACAAAUUUGUUCGAGAGCUGUUUGAGAACUCCAACACGUCCAAGGACUCCAAACAGAAGGCAGGAAAACUCGGUUUCAUCAGCGUUGGCAACAAGUUCAAGACCCAACUGAACCUGCUGCUCGAGAAGCUUCGCAGCACGGGCUCAAGUUUCAUCCGCUGUGUUAAACCCAACCUGAAGAUGGUCAGUCACCAGUUUGAAGGAGCUCUAAUUCUCUCACAGCUGCAGUGCUCAGGAAUGGUGUCAGUGUUGGACCUGAUGCAGGGGGGGUUCCCCUCCAGGGCCCCCUUCCACGAGCUCUACAACAUGUAUAAAGCAUAUAUGCCGGAGAGACUUACACGGCUGAAUCCACGACUCUUUUGCAAGGCUUUGUUCAAAGCACUGGGUCUAAAUGAUCAUGACUUCAAGUUUGGAUUAACCCGAGUGUUCUUCCGGCCAGGAAAGUUUGCUGAGUUUGACCAGAUCAUGAAGUCUGAUCCAGACCACCUUGCAGAGCUGCUGAAGAAAGUCAACAAGUGGUUGCUGUGUAGCCAGUGGAAGAAGGUCCAGUGGUGUUGCCUGUCGGUUAUCAAACUCAGGAAUAAAAUGAGUUACAGAGCUCAGGCCUGCAUUAAGAUUCAAAAGACUGUCCGAAUGUGGUUGUGUAAGAAGAAGCAUAAGCCACGAAUUGAUGGUAUGGUCAAAGUUGGAAACCUGAAGAAACACAUGGAACGUUUCACUGAGGUGGUGAACGGGCUGAAAGAGGGCAAGCAGGAGAUGGCCAAACAAGUUCAGGAACUGGGUGCCGCCAUAGAUGCUCUGCUCGCAAAGAUAAAGAGCACAGUAAUGACCUGGAAAGAGAUUGACACACAGUACCAGGGACUGGUGAAAUGCUCAGAGCAGCUGCUCUCCUCCAUGCAAAAGAAAAAGCAGGAGGAAGAAGAGAGUGAGAGACUGAAACACAUUGAAGAAGAGAUGGAGAAAGAGAGAAAGAGAAGGGAGAAGGAAGAGCAACGACGCAAACAGGAAGAAGAGGACAGGAGACUCAAAGCAGAAAUGGAACUAAAAAGAAAGCAGGAGGAAGAAGACAGACAAAAGAGGAAGGAGGAAGAGAAGGUUAUACAGGCAGAACUGGAAGUCCAGUUGGCUCUGGAGCGCGAGGAGCAGGUCCAGAAUGCUGCCGUACUGGAGCAGGAGAGAAGAGACCGGGAGCUGGCCAUGAGAAUCGCUCAGAGCGAAGCUGAGCUCAUCACCGAGGAGGGCCAGGUGGACACAGGCCUGCGCAGUGAUGACUCUUUUUCAGAUCUUCUUUUACCUACAUCCUCGGCCAGAGCCACGGGUCCUCAGGUGCAGGCAACCAAAGCUGCUGCUGGUGUGAAAAAGUACGAUCUCAGCAAAUGGAAGUAUGCUGAGCUGCGAGAUGUCAUCAACACAUCCUGUGAUAUUGAGCUACUGGCAUCCUGCAGAGAGGAGUUUCAUCGUCGGCUGAAGGUAUAUCACGCGUGGAAGUCAAAGAACAAGAAGCGCAAUGAUGACGGGAGUGAUCAGAGGGCUCCUAAAUCUGUCACCGACUAUGCUGAACAGAACCCAGCUCCUCCAACAACAGCCCAGCAUCAGGAGGUGGCCAUGAACCGCCAGCAGCGCUAUUUUCGCAUUCCUUUCAUCCGGCCUGCUGAUCAGUACAAGGACCCCCAGAAUAAAAAGAAGGGCUGGUGGUACGCCCACUUUGAUGGGCCCUGGAUAGCCAGACAGAUGGAGCUUCACCCGGACAAGCAGCCCAUUGUGCUGGUUGCAGGCAAGGAUGACAUGGAGAUGUGCGAGCUGAGUCUGGAGGAGACGGGUCUGACCAGGAAGAGGGGGGCGGAGAUCCUGCCCAGGCAGUUUGAGGAGAUCUGGGAGCGCUGUGAUGGAAUCCAGUACCUGAAGAAAGCUAUCGAGAACAAGCAGGCGCGCCCCACGUACGCUACCGCCAUGCUGCAGAGUCUCCUCAAGUGAAUCCGAGUUCACACAGGCUCAUGUUUGGUGUUUGGUCUCCUCCCUGAAAGUCGACACUGCAGCCGAGCAUGGCUGGUGAAGCUGGUUCACCCUCAGUCCGACAUCACUGACAUUCUCUCAAAAAAUCUUCUUUAUACUUCGUUAUACAUCGUUUUCAUUAUUUUCUGUUUUGUUUUGGUUAGAUGACUACAUUUUGCAGUGGAACAUCCUGAUAGUGUAAUAUUAGCAUUUGUAUUUGGUCUUUUUUAUGUUUAUGCAUGAAUUUAAAAUCCUCCUUUGGGGCCUUAAAUUGCAAGACUGCUUCUCCAUGAAAGUUUUAAUUGGUUUAGCCUUAUAGAUAUAAACCUCAAACCUUAACGGUCUGCAAGGACACUGAAUUAGACAGAUGCUUUUAAUGGUGUGUAAAUGUCUUUUCAUGCCAUAAAAUAAAUGUCUUUUUUUAAUAACAAUUUAUUGCAUGAUUAAACUGACUUAAUUAGAUUUUUUUUCCUCCAGUCUGAUUAUGGACAUGAUAUAAUCAGCUCUCAUAAAGUGAACUAUAAACAACUAUAUUAGUCACAUAUUUCAUCCAUUUUCACAAAUUCAAUUGAGUAGCAAAUUGUAACCAAAAAGAAAAAGUUUAAUUUUGUUUGUGCUGCAUGCACGUCACGCCUCAAUCUGCUCAAUAUUCUUGGAAAGGGAAACUUUUGUUAUGUUGCUCUUUUGAUAUGUGAGAGGGAAAACGUUUUCAUGUUUGCAGUUUUGUGGAUCUGGGAUUGUUUUACACAUAACUAUGUCAUUUGUGUAUGUAUGUAAUGUGUGAUAUAUAUAUAUUUUUCUUCAUGUAAUAUUUAAUUUAACUGAUCACUCGCUCAUCUAGUUUGGCCACCAACAUAUCAAUCAUCUCAUUUAAUAAUAAAACUGGCUGGACUCAAGUACAAUUAAAGCUGUUUUAAUCUACUAAACUGUGGCGUCUGAGUUAAGUUUGAUCCUUUGUUGUAAGAUGCCUUUGUCUUGGAAAUACUGUAGAAAAUAAAUGUUACUCUGAA